AUGGCGGCCCCGUUUCCCGCGGCGGCGGCGGCGGCGGCGGCGGCCGCGCAGUACGCGGCCAACGGAGACCUGGCGGGGGUGAAGGCGGAGGCCGGCGGGCCCGCGGCGCCCCCGCAGCCUCCGCUCGUCAAGAGCGAGGGCCCGCCGCCACCGGCGCCCUUACCGCCAGCAGCAUUCUCACCACAACCACCUCCACAACCCCACCAGCCAAAUUCAAUAGAUCAAAAUACUAGUUCGCAAAGCGAGGGAGAGUCGAAUGAGGAAAAUACACCCGUGAGCGUGUCAGCGGCCGUAGCCGCGCAACAGGCCGCCGCGGUGGUCGCACAGCAAGCCGCGGCCGCGCACGCAGCCGCCGCCGCCGUCAGCGCUGCCGUCGCCGCCGGCGCCAACGCCGCCGCCGCCGCCACGCCGGACAAAACACUCGUCCCUGUCUCACAAGCCUCACAACCGAAGCGAUUGCACGUCUCCAACAUCCCCUUCCGAUUUAGAGACCCCGAUCUCAGAAACAUGUUUGGGCAAUAUGGCACGAUACUUGAUGUAGAAAUAAUCUUCAAUGAAAGAGGCUCAAAGGUUAAUAAUGCUACAGCGAGAGUGCAGACAAAGAAACCACCAACUGUACCCAACGGGCUGCGGGUGUCCGGCGUGACGUGGCCCUGGCUCGGCGCGGCGCCGGCGGCCGCGCCCGCGCCGCCGCUCGUGCUGGCGCCGCGCGCCGCCCAGCGACCGGCCGGGCUGCGCCGCGCGCCCCGCCCCGCCGCGCCCCCGCCCCCGCCCCCGCACAACCACGUGACACUCCCGCACGUCCUGCCCCGCGCCGCCGCCUACGCGACGCAGUUGCACGCGUAUGCACCGUGA